UAAGAGCAGGCAGCCUUUGGAGCAGCCAGGAAAGACCUUGCCUGGGUGAUAUUUCCCAGUGAUUCCGUGUGAUUUUUAUUUUUUUGGUAUUCCUUUCCCUCCUCCAUCACGCUGUGGAGCUUCACUCCACCACUACGGUGUUCUCCCGAGCGCUGUGGAGUUGGGACCUGCAGCAUCACCCGCAUCAUCAUCAUCACAGUCGGUUGGCUUUAGCAGAGACCAUUUGACUGAACACACAGAAGCGCACUGAAGUCCUGUGGAACCUGAAGCAGCAGCUGGGAUAGAGUUCGUCUCCACUGCAGAGAGGUGGACUGCUCUGGGAUUUACAACGAGGACACGUCCAGUUCAAACACUCAGUGCAGGUCGAGCAGGAGAUCGACUGACUCGAAACCAACAAAGGCUGCUCUCUGCAGAGGGGGACGAAGUAAAAAGCAUGAGUUCAUGCAGCACAGAUGUUAAGGAAAAUCGGAACUUGGACAACCUCUUCUCCAAAGAAGGGGUUGCAGCUGAGGCUGCUCAACUCCCCAAUGGGAGUGCUGGGGGUGGGAGGAAACGUCCCUUAGAGGAGGGCAAUAAUGGGCAUGCACAUUCCAAGUACAGGCCCAAGAAGCGUAAGAAAGUCCCUGGGCCCAUUCUACCUAAGAAUGCUCUAAUGCAGCUGAAUGAGAUCAAGCCAGGGCUGCAGUACAGACUGCUGUCUCAGACCGGGCCGGUCCAUGCGCCUGUCUUUGUUAUGACUGUGGAGGUAAACGGGCAGCUCUUCGAGGGUUCAGGUCCUACCAAGAAGAAGGCCAAGCUGAAUGCAGCAGAGAAGGCCCUGCGCUCCUUCGUCCAGUUCCCCAAUGCAUCAGAAGCCCAUAUGGCCAUGGGCCGGACUCUGUCCGUUCACACAGACUUCACCUCGGACCAGGCUGACUUUCCGGACAUGCUCUUUAAUGCCUUUGAAUCAUCAACUCCUGUAGAUGACCCGUUUUACCUCGCAUCCAACAGUAACGGUUCCUUCAGCUCAUUGGGAAUAGAGUACCCACUACUACCCUCCCCUAUCCCAAACCUGGUCCAGGCCCCCUUACCUCCAGCCCCCUCCACCUUCAUCUCCCCUACAAGUGGCAAGAAUCCUGUCAUGAUCCUCAACGAGUUGCGGCCGGGCCUCAAGUACGACUUUGUGUCAGAGAGCGGGGAGAGCCAUGCCAAGAACUUUGUCAUGUCAGUGACAGUAGAUGCUCAGAAUUUCCAGGGUUCUGGGCGGAACAAGAAGCUGGCCAAGGCCCGGGCUGCUCAGGCUGCUCUGUCCGCUCUGUUUAACAUGCAGCUGGAUCAGGCUCCAUCGAGACAGCCUAUUCCCAGAGAAGGACUGCAGCUUCACCUGCCACAGGUCCUGGCAGAUGCCGUCUCCCGCCUGGUGGUCGACAAGUUCAGCGAACUGACGGACAACUUCACAUCUCCACACACCAGACGGAAAGUACUGGCAGGUGUCGUCAUGACAACAGGUACCGAUGUGAAGGAGGCUCAGGUCAUCUGCGUAUCCACAGGGACAAAGUGCAUCAACGGUGAAUACAUGAGCGAUAGAGGUUUGGCCCUAAAUGACUGCCACGCUGAGAUUGUGGCUCGCCGCUCGCUCAUCAGGUACCUGUACUGCCAGCUGGAAUAUUUCCUCAGUAACCACGAAGAAGAGCAGCAGAAAUCCAUCUUCAUCAGGUGUGACAACAGACUGGGCUUCAGACUGAAGGAAAACGUCCAGUUCCACUUGUACAUCAGCACCUCGCCCUGUGGAGACGCCCGCAUCUUCUCUCCUCAUGAAGCUGGAGUAGAAGGUGAGUGUCUUCAUCUGGCGUUAGUCAGCUGUGAAAGUUCCUUAGAUUACAUGAACAUGUAUGGCUCACCAUACGAUCCUCAAAGUGUCUCUCCUUGUCUUCUUCCUGUCUCAGAUCAGGGCGACAGACACCCGAACAGAAAAGCCCGUGGCCAGCUCCGCACUAAAAUUGAGUCUGGUGAAGGAACCAUACCAGUGCGCUCCAGUAACACCAUUCAGACGUGGGACGGGGUUCUUCAGGGCGAGAGGCUGCUCACCAUGUCCUGCAGUGACAAGAUAGCCAGGUGGAACGUGGUUGGAUUCCAAGGCUCUUUGAUGAGCUACUUCACCGAGGCCAUCUACUUCUCCAGCAUAAUUCUGGGCAGCCUGUACCACGCCGACCACCUCUCCAGAGCCAUGUACCAGAGGAUCACGGAGAUUGAGGAGCUGCCACAGUCCUUCAGCUUGAACAGACCACUGCUCAGCGGAAUCAGUAACGCAGAGGCUCGUCAGCCGGGGAAAGCACCAAACUUCAGUGUGAACUGGACGGUGGGAGACCAAGGAUUAGAGGUGAUCAAUGCCACCACGGGGAAAGAUGAUCUGGGUCGACCCUCCAGGCUCUGUAAGCACGCUCUUUACAGCCGCUGGAUACGCCUGCACUGCAAGCUCUCCUCCACCCUGCGGAUCAGAACAACAAGGCCCAGCAGCUACCACGAGGCCAAGCAGGCAGCGGUGGAGUACCACAGCGCCAAGCAGACACUCUUCAGAGCCUUCCACAAAGCCGGACUGGGCGCCUGGGUGAAGAAACCUAUAGAGCAGGACCAGUUUGCACUCACCACCUGAGCCAGCGCUGGGCUGGCAGUGAUGGGGUGUUUGACGAGAAACAUGUCAAAGUGCUUGCUUUGCUUUCUGGGUCAGUUUCAGUGGUGGAAUAAUUUCCCUCUGAAUCGUCACGGACUGGACUUUUACUGGCAAGAAAGAGGCACCAAAUCCAGAUGUCAGAAUCCAUGGAUUUAUUAUUUCGUCAGUUAUGCAACUUUAUACAAAAGACAAAUGUGAAGACAGACUUUUGGAAAUUGUAAACAGCAUUGUUAGAAUAGUGACAUAUCCAUCUUGCAUGUGUGGUUAUACCAAAUUCAUAGAAGUCUUCAGUGAAAGGUUGAUCAUGUAUCAAUGUUGUGAUAACUUGAGAAUGUGUUUUCUCUGCUUUGUUGCAGUUCUUUGACUGCAAAUUUGAGGUCACAAAGAUUUUCUUUUUUAAUUUCAAGCUCAGAAUACGCACACUCACAUGUCUAAAUGGCAUGAAAGACUUUGGAAUGGGAUCCUUCUCCAUCCUGCAUUUCAAACGCAGCUCUACUCUGAUGUAUUUCUUGUCUGUGGUAGAUGAGAUUUCACUUCUAACUGUCCAGAAACGACAGGUGACCCAAUCAGGCACCUGGGGGUACCAGAAGCUCAAAACAAGAGUCAAUAGCUACAGCAAAAGAAAAAAGUUGUUUGGCAUUGGCAGAGAAGAUGUGGCAAAGUUUCAUGGGCGCAACCCACAUACUCAGCUCUGCUGCUCAUCCCACAAAUGCAUGUUCCUUACCCUAAACACAACCUAAAACAUCUCUUAAAAUAAGAAUCAGGGGAACAACCCUUAUGCAAUGAAACUCAACAAAUACUUCAGAGUCUGUGAAUCUCUCAUACAGUGAUCGUCCCUAUGCAGUAACUACAGUAAGCCCACACCCUGCUCGUGUUGUUGGUGUUAACACUUCAGUCACUAUGAUUCAGCCGCUCUGGGAGUUCAACACACUGCAGAAGAAGAAACGUCCUCCCUCAAUCUGAGUUUGGUGAAGGUGUCUCUUCAUUUGCUCGUGUUGGCUCUGUUGGCGGCCACCAUGCUAUUACCACCAACAAAAGCUCACCAAAGAUGAUGUCAGCAUCUGUAAAGACUUUAUUUUCUGUGUUGUUUUCCACACAUUUAAAUGUUGGCUUUAAUUACUGUGAUCUGCCUCGACUACUUGUGAUGGUGUGUGUAGUGUUAUAUGUGUGAUUUUUCUACUCUUUCAAACCAAACAAGACCCAUUUCCUCUACAGCACAGAAAUAACCAUAUUUCAUGUCCUGAUUGAGCUUGUAUAUAUGCUUAUGUUUUAAACUGCUGUAAAAGCAUUUAUCUGUACCAACUUUUAAAUAUGUAUUUAAUUUUCUAAAUUCUAUAUUUGCUGUAAAAAGUCAAACCUCCAGCCUCAAACACACACAGGGCAUACUUAACUUAUUUACUUUUGGUUCUUGUCUUUAUAUAUUUUGAAUGUGUAUCCUUCCACUUCUGUUUGAUGGCUGAAAACAUGUCUUAACUUUGAGCAUGUGUUCCUGUCUCAGCAUCCCAGGCUCCAGACUCGGGCCCUCAGGGUUUUUGGAGGUGCCGACCAAUUACAUUUCCACGGGAUAUGCACUUCUUAAAAAAGGGAAACUUUUACUUUUUUUCCAGUGACUUUGUGGUAAAGCAAAACUGAGUGGAUGAAUGUUGGUAUGUUGAUCCACCCUGUCCCUAUGUUGGUGCUUGGUGAGCCUCCACACUUCUGAUGGGUUCAUGCACUACGUUGGUUUCCCCCAUAAAAUAUAGUGUGGGUCCUAAUGCAUGAGCUCCACCUGUAAAGCAUGAAAACUGUAGAUAUAAAAUAUGUAGAAACUGAGUCAAGUCACUGAGCUAGAGAUUUAAUAAA